AUGUCUAGCUCUGCCCCAACAUGGGCCAAAGUAGUUGAGCAGUCAAAGACUGCUCCUACUGAAAAAAAACUGUUCGCUUGCUCUGAGUGUUCAGUUUCUCUCGCUAAAUACUCACCUAAAAUAAAAACCCCUUCACCAUCAGGCAAAUACCCUGUGUUCUUUGACCUGUCCUCCACCCUAGCAACUCAUGAAGAGAUUGCUGGUGCUCUCCCACCUGGAAUCCUAGGAAUCCAUUGGCGGGAUGACCUGAACAUCCUGGAGGUGGAUGUCUUGACCGGACAGGAACAGACUGACCUCCUCGCUAAACCCUUGGAUAAAACUAGCAAACGUACCUAUCGCCUCUGCAGUCACCCUGGAGCAAGUGCUGCACCGCCACUGGGAACAGUAUGGCAAGGUCCUCGGGACAAAGGUGCUUGCCUGGUGGCCUUGAGUGCCAAAAACCUGCCUGACUUGCAAAAUUGUUGGGCACAACUCUUCCUCCUGUCCUCGGAAGAAAGCGAGGUGUCUACCUACACCACUGUGGCAGUGUCCCACUCUGGUGGUGAGACAACCAUCAUAACCAGCCCCACCCCCACCCAAUAUGGCCCUCCACUACCCCCUGAUGAGGAUGAUGAUGGAUAUGAAGAGGCCCUCUUCUCAGGAUCCCCUGAGGCCAUGAGAGAACUCCUCUCCAGGCAGGGAUCCCCUUCCCCCUCACCCUCCAAAGCCCGUACUCCCCCCACACCAGCUUCGAAACGAAGCAGCACCAAAAAGAGCAGAAACAAAUAA